AUGCCCCCUUCGCAUCUUUUCCAAGGCGAAUCAGCAGGUAGUUUUGCAGGACGAGUCAAGAUGUGUCUUGGGUCUUUCAAGUUUUGGAAGAAACGCCAGAGGGAGCUAGAUCAACCUUCACCCCAUCCUCGGCCGACAGUUGCCUCUACCGUCGUCCCGGUCAGCAGCGUUCCCGUCGCUUCCGCUGCCACCGCCGAACCUCAAGCUUCUACGAAUGAUAUAUGCCCUGCACUGACCAAAGCAUCGCCAUCUUCUCAAUCUUCGCCGAGUCAGACAACACCGCCAUCAAAGGCCAAACGCCAGGAACAGCUGUGGGACCGAGCAUACAAUCAACUCAAAGAAGAUGAGACCAAACUCCAUGAAGCUUAUGAAGAGAUAAUAUCCUCCAAGGCACCUUACAUGGAUGAAAGCUUGAACAAAGACCAACAAGUCGUCCUAACUUCGGCGCAAGAGAAAUGGGAUCAAAUGAGGAAGACUGCCCAAGAAGGGUUGGAUAGAACCCAACGAAGUGCAGAAUUGCAAGGAACAGUCGACGAUUUCUUCGAAAUGGUGACGCCUAUAAAAGGAAUAGUUGAUCGAAUCAUGCCAGUCGUGCCUCAGGCUCAGGUACCGUGGCUUGCUGUGUCCUUGACCUUUGAAAUAUUUUCUCAGCCUUUUAAGCAGCCUGGUAUUAACCGUGCAGGCCUUUUGAAUGUCAUAUCCAAGAUGCAAGAGUAUAUGAGCCUGUCAGACUAUGUUGUUGAUGACAAUGGGCUGCAGUCAGAUUUGCAUCGGAAACUCGAGAAGGACACCAUCGCCCUCUACCAGGCACUUCUUUCUUAUCAAAUCAAGAGUAUCUAUUGCUUUCACAAAAACGAACUCAAGAGAUUUGUGAGAAAUAUCUUCAAAGUAGAUGACUGGACCAGUCAGCUCGAAAACAUCAAGGCCGCCGAAGCUUUGAUUUGGGAGGAUAUACAGAAGUUCCAGAACCAAGUCAUGGUGGACCAUCUACGAAAACAGUCACUUGACGCGCAGAGGUCCCUCGAUGCACUGACAGAGAUGUCACGGGGGGUGCGUGGCUUUAUCCAAGAUCAACAAGAGAGAGAACACGAGAAGGACAACAAGGCAUGCCUGCAGCAUUUGAAACUGACAGACCCUUCGUCAGACAAAGAAAGAAUCCUCGAUGGAAAAGGAACACUGCUUCGUGAGUCAUACAGCUGGGUCAUUGAUCAUCCUCAGUUCCGGGACUGGAAAACGAACACACAACACCGUCGCCUGUGGAUUAGAGGAGACACUGGCAAAGGAAAAACAAUGCUGUUGUGCGGUAUCAUCGAGGAGCUGGAGAAGGACCCUUUUCGUCGGCUAUGCUACUUCUUUUGUCAAGCUACAGAGGAGAAGCUGAGGGAUGGGAAAAGUGUUUUGCGUGGUCUACUUUUUCACCUUAUCAAGCAGUACCCAUGGCUCAUCUCACACGUUCGCAAAGACUACGACGACAGCGGCCAGACACUUUUCAAUGACCACAACGCAUGGCAGGCGCUGCGAAAGAUCUUUAAAUCAGUUCUGAAUGACGAGAGCCUCGAUGAAGUUAUUAUAGUUGUGGAUGCACUCGACGAAUGCAUGGUUCAUCGCGAAGAACUUCUCGAAUUCAUCUGCGAUAUAUCAGCUGGCUCACGUGCGAAGCUCAUUGUCUCAAGUCGUCCUUCACUCUUCAUUCAACAGGCUCUACAGGAAGAUGGACCGAGCGCGACAACACUUGCCCUUGAACUCAAUAAUCAGCUUAUCGCUGAUGCGGUCCAAAAGUUCAUUGACAGGAGAGUCAAAGAUUUGGCCAAGGGAAAGCUUUAUCAACAUAAUCCUGACAUCUCCAAGACAAUUGCCAGUCAUCUUACCAAUAACGCAGAGAGCACUUUCCUCUGGGUGGCUUUGGUAUGUCAGGCGUUGGCAAACAAGAAAGUCUGCCGCAGAGAUCAUGUAAUGGAUAUCCUCAAAAACUCACCUCCGGGUCUUUAUAACCUAUACGAUCGAAUGUUGGAAAAUAUUGGCCGUGAGUCGAUGGACUUUUCGAUUUGCAAAGAGGUUCUGGCCAUCAACUCCGUCCUCAUACGCCCUGUGGCUCUGGAGGAAUUACUUGGCAUCAUGAAUGCAAAUGUCGCCUCCGAACUCGACGUUAUGGAGCUGGAGCAGAUUAUCAUGUCCUGUGGCUCGUUUAUCCACCUACAGAAGGGGGUUGUUUACUUUAUACACCAGUCUGCUGUGGAUUUCCUUCUCAAGGACGAUAGGCUUCCUAGUAUCGCAGACAGGCAUCGCUCAGUAUUUCAAAAUGCAUUGCGUGCGCUCCAAGCAUCCUCUGCACUGAAGCGCGAUAUCUAUAACUUACGGGAUCCCGGUGUGGCUCACGAAGAUAUCAAUACCACCAGUCCCGAUCCCCUGUUGUCUCUUCGUUACCCCUGUGUUCAUUGGGUUGACCAUCUGCACGACCAUUUCAUAACAGAGGGGAAAGAAAAUGGCGCCAGCCCGCUGCAUGCUGAAGAUAUAUCGUCAGUCUAUACCUUUUUCAGAAUCAAGUUCCUUUUCUGGAUUGAGGCUUUGAGUCUACUCCAAAAUGUUCCACGAGCUAUGAGAGCGAUCAAGGUGCUUCAAAUGCUACUGCCCAAAAGAGAGUAUUUUGAAAAGAUGCUUCAAGUCAGAGGCGCCGAAUUGGGUCACUGUGGCGAAUGGUUUGGAUUCAACCUGGAAUGCAUGCUUGCAAACCCUAAGUGCACACAAAUCUUCAUUGGUCACAGUAGUGUACUCUUCCGAUGA